AUGGGAAACCUUAACCCCUAUCAACAAUUUCUGUCUUCCUCCCCAACUCCCACCCGGACUUUGAACCGUCAGCGUUCUACUUCCUUUCCUUCGGUCCACUACGCAGGUUCUCCAGAACAUCAGCCUGUUGAGCCACGACGUAAAAAAGCGAGCCCCGGUCGUCACCACCACUCACAACGUCACGCUCGCACUCAGUCCCAUCAACCGAGGUUCUCUCGACACUCUCAGUUGGUGAACCCGGAUAUUAUCGAUCGCUUGGACGACGCCGGGGUGUAUCAGUACCACCAUGAAGGGCCAUACGAUGCGGUCUAUCCCGAGCGCAAUGUGAUCGACAAACUCAGUCCAGUGGCUGCCCUGCGCGACUCCAACGCAGAGGCCCUGAAAGCUACCCCACACGACAAAAUUGUCGACUGCCUCGAUAGUCAUCGCCCACUCGAUGGUGUGGCUCACUAUCCUCCAGGUCACACGGACCCUCAGGGCCAUACAUACGAAUACGAGGAGGGCAGUAACAUGAUGAACGACUACGGGAACUUUAUGCGCUGUCCCGGCAUGAAAUUCAAGGAUGAGGACUUCAAAAACGACCCUUUUUACAAUACCCCUCAUCCGAAUCCGUUUGCCAGUCUGCGAAAGAGAUUCAGUCUUCGGCGUCGUAACCGUCGAGGAACGAAUUAA